UUUAUGGGCGGUCCGCGGUUUUGUUUGCCUUUUAUUGAAAUAAAGCAUAAUAAUUUUCUACAAAUGGUGUUUACCAGUUGCAAAUAAAAUUUCAAUACCGCACAAUAGUCAUGUGAUAUUAUCCGUGCGACAUUGGUAUUGUGAAAAAGUUUCUUUUAUAUUAUUUACGCAUGUCAGCCAAAAUGAGGAAAGCGUGGUAUAGAUCUCGACGGAACCAAGUUAUUAUUAUAUUGGUUAUAAUAUUCUGUAUCAUCUACUAUUUGUCUCUACAUGACAGCCUCUAUAGAGAACCCAAUAUUGAUUUGACGAGGAGAAAGUCUAUUGUCGAGUAUAUAGAAAAGAAGCUGGAACAAGCACUGAAGCUGGACAAGGGGUCAGGCUGCGAUAUACCUAAACUGGAUCCCUUUGCGAAGGAAGUUACGCAGUUCGACAAAGACAUGUCCGAAGUGAAAUGUCCUGGGACGGACUGGGUGAAGUGCUAUCAUUCAGAAUGUCGCGUUGUCCCUCAUAUACUCGAAACCACGAAGAAUAUAGUGUGUACAUACAAAGAUAUAUUAUAUGAGAGCGACGCGAAAUAUACUAUAGGUUCGCCGACCGAUGUAUAUGGCGAUGAGCCGUACAUACUGACUAAGAGCGACCACGUCAAAGUCAGAUGCACAGGGAAGCACAAAGGCGACAUAUUGCCAUCAAAAUGGUCAGGCCAUUCCAUAGGUUUUAGGUCAACUGCGACUCCUAAGAAACCUCCUGCGGGCAGAGAGAAUACUUUCAAUGUACUAAUAUUUGGCUUUGAUUCCACUUCCAAAAAUACUUUCAUACGAAGAAUGCCGAAGAGCUACAGAGUACUCUCUGAGGUUUUGGGUGCAACUAUACUAAAUGGUUACAAUAUAGUCGGCGACGGCACCCCAGCAGCAUUAUUCCCGAUAUUGACCGGCAAGACAGAGUUGGAGCUGCCGGAUGUGAGGAAACGUAUGAACGAGGGAACGUUGGAUGAUAUGCCGUUCAUAUUCUACAAGCUUAAAGAGGACGGCUACCGCACCGCCUAUUUCGAGGAUAUGCCCUGGAUAGGCACUUUUCAAUACCGAUUCAACGGUUUCAAGCGGCAGCCGUCAGAUCACUACCUUCGGGCGUUCUAUAUGGAGGAAUCCCAGAGCGGGAGGAAGUGGUGGUCGAACAAGAACAGGUACUGCGUGGGUGAUACGCCCCAGUACGCGCUGAUGAUGAAUAUUACUGAGCAGUUCCUUGAUCUACCCGGCAAGAAAUACUGCUUCACCUUCAUAGCCGACAUCACACACGAUGACAUCAACAUGAUAUCAGUAGCGGACGACGAGACCGCUGCGUUCCUGACGCAGGUGUCACGACACGUUACGCGUGACACCAUGGUACUCGUCAUGGGCGACCAUGGGCCGAGAUACGCGAAAGUCCGCGAUACCAUACAAGGGAAACUCGAAGAACGCUUACCCCUCAUGGCUAUAAGACUGCCGGACGACCUAAAAAGAUCUAGACCAGACGCCCAGAACAAUCUAGAUAUGAACUCCGAAGUGCUGACUACUCCACAUGACAUAUACGCCACUGUGAUGGACGUUUUAGAUAUGCGGCAACACUGGAAUGAUUAUAAAGUGAAGGGGGCUGAUUUGACCAGGGGACUGACUCUUUUGGAGCAGAUACCCCGUAACCGAUCCUGUAGCGAGGCUGGGGUGGAACCCCACUGGUGUUCCUGUUUAGCAUGGGAGACGCUGCAGCCGUCAGAACCCACGUACCACAAGGCAGCAGAAGCCGUUGUCAACUAUAUUAACAGUCUUACGGAGUCUGUCAGGUCCCUCUGCAUCCCCCGCACGCUCACGUCCAUAGUGUGGGUGUCCCGUCAGCGUCCUAAUGCCGGGGUACUGACAUUCGUCGCCGCCAGGGACGCUGACGGCUACGUCGGUAAAUUCGGCGACGGCAUCACCACUCAGAGGGACAACUACCAGAUCAAGUUGGUAGUGGGUCCCGGUCGAGGAGUCUACGAGGCGUCUCUAGUAUACAACGUCGCUGAAGAUAAAUUCGACAUUACCACUAGAGAUAUAUCGAGGACUAACGCAUACAACAACGAGCCAAGCUGCAUUAGUGCUACACAUCCACAUCUUAACAUGUACUGCUAUUGCAAUAACAUCUAAAGACCGACAUACAAAACCGACCCAAACGUGCCGAAGCACGGUGUGUAACAAAAAGUUACCAGCCUAGUCGCUGAUUGAAAAAGAAAAUAACUAGCAAUGCGUUAAUGUACGCAAUUUAGCGAUUAUUCUUUAGAAUGUUCAGGAUGUAACAAAACUAUGCUGUACUCGGCGAAACAUGGC